GCCAACCGGUGUCAUUUCUAUUGGUCCGAGUUUAUAAGCACGGGCUAUGGAACAUACGAUCAGCCCCGCGUAAGAAAAACUGUGAUUGUCUUCUUGUCAACCAGAACAAUUUUCAAACUGCAUGUCAAAUAAUUUUUGAGUUGGUCGUAAAUUUCACAGGAGGAUACCUUAUGUUUACUUAAACUUCCGUCGGUUUUAAUUCGAGUUGAAUAUUCAAUAGUUGAAUCUGACUUCGUGUGUGUUCUGAGCUACGGGCUAAUCUAUUCAUUUUUUGUUCCUCUUUAUUUGCUUAGAGAGUGAGAGAAAAGUUGUUCUGAGGAAUUCUGGGACUCUUUUUGUGUUUAUAAAAUGGGUGAAGUCUCGCACAUAGAACUCCUGGCACUACCCAGGCGCCAGAAAAUUUUCGCCAAGACGUUUCUCCCUGCCGGGGACACGCUGCCAGUGUGGGCCAGGGUAUCGCUGGACACCAAGCUUCCCGUGCCUCCCAGCCCCAGGGGUAGCUUCACGUUGUACACCAAUAAAAUCGGUGAACCCAAGUACAAAUCCUUCCAGCACUACGACUUCGACUUAAGCAACCCCCAGGGUCGGGAAGCGCCCGGGGGCUACGACUCACUGACAGACCCGUCCCUCAAGUUCUACUUCAACUCCCCCAAGACGAGGCGACACCUGGUGGACAACGGUCUAGUGACCGACAAUGGGGAAAUCAAAUGCAGCGUUAAGGAAUUCAAUGAAUACAGGGAGUACAUCCGGUAUCGCAGUGUGACGGAGUUCUCGCUGCUGAAGAAACAAGAAAAGAGGAUUGAGGAGGAAAACACCAACAGAUUUUUCUUGGAAUGGCCGAGCAUCCACAAGAAAAAAAGAAUGGAAAAAAAGGAAAGAAUUCGGCAGUCGAUGAGUGAGCCACCAAGAAAAGAAAGUGAAGACAGACUAGAUAUGUACAGGUCAAACGAUGAACUAAAAAACACAAAGAAAAAAGAGAAAAAUAACCGAAAAAAUGACCAGGAUCAGAACACACAAGAGACCAACUCAGAGAAAGAAUCUCAAAAUGGCGCUGCGAAUCAAAAUUCUCCUUUGGUAGAAAAGAUCAGACAGCGAGAAUUGGAGCUGAACAGAAGAUUGGAAGAACAAAGAAGAAAACGAAUUGAAGAGCAUGAUAAAAAGGUGGAGGAGAGUUGGAAAGAAAGGCAACAACGACAACAGAUGCUGCUCGAUCACGAAGCUGAAAUAGAGUCCAAGAUGAAAGAGAAAAGGUCCAACCAGAUCAUGGACAGGGAGAAAACUCUGCAGCACCAGAGGAAAAAACAAGACGAUAAGUUGCAGAAGAUCAAGCAGGAUCUAGAUUCAAAUAAGACAGGUCAUAAAGGUCAUAAGAAUAAUUCUCAUUCUAAAGGUCAAGAAAAAGAAAAAAAUAAUAAUCAGGAAGAAAAAGAUCAAAGGCUGCAUGUACCUGAGGAAGAGGCUUAACAGAGUAAUUUAUAGUCUAUUUAUUAAUUA